GAAACGGUCAACCUGCUGGACUCAGUGCGGCCGUGAUAAGGUAUCGCGAUAAUUUCAGACUGACGAAUAUCCGAACUAAAGAACGACACAGUGAGCAAUUCUCGCCGCGAGCCAUCCAAGAGUGUUACAGUUGGAACUGCUGAGAAUGACAACGCAUUCUUGCAGUAGUUCCCGUCGACUCGACCUAUUACGAGCUCCAUUGCCCUAAGGGUGUUGGGCAGCAGAUUCAUAGAUCCCUAUGCAAAAAGGGCCAGCGGAUAGCAUUUGAGCCGCUAAGGUAGCUGAAUUCCAGGAUUUACGGGUCCGAUGAGAUUUGAGAUGCAGUUUCGACUUAUUAGGAGGUUUCAGAUGUGUUAUCGAGAGCAUGGCCAUACACUAUAUAUACCAGAACAAACCCAGCUCCCUCUCGAUGCAUGGAAGAUGGCAUGGAAAGCUUAUUAGAUGCAGCUACCUGGAUAGCGCGUGACCGGCAUGGUGGGGUAAUGGACGCUCGCCAUAUCGUUGACUUGCUCAGAGAAUUUUGGAUUUAUUUUCUAUGCAUCAUACUUGAGCAACACGCUCAAGGCCCGCCUCAACUCAUCUCCAGCAUCUCCAGAUACACGAAGUUUUAACGAGCUCCACUGUGCAUACAUCGUCCGCAAAUACCUGCAUGUUCUAUCAAACCCUGCAGCCGGAACAUCAAUAAACCAGCAUCCAUCCUCAUCUGUAUGAGGUAGCAUCUCAAUGUACACACCCAUGGCCACCACCGCCCCAUCCACGCCGUCGAGCACCGCCCAUACGCAGGAAACAACCGAAGCCAAGGCCGCUUUUACCGCCUCUCUAACAUCCGUCGGAACAAAUUUGGACACCGACCUGCGCCAGCGCGCGCAGGCCCUUCAUGACAAUGACGACGCCCUCAAGAAGCAAGAGGAGAAACUGAAAAAGACAACCCAAGAUCUCGCGAAGCAGUCAAAGGAGUUGGAAAAGCUGGCUGAUAUGGGUAGAAAGGGGCUAAAUGAGGUGGGGGACUUGCAGAAUUGGGCAGAGCUUAUUGAGCGCGAUCUACUGAUUGCGGAGGAGACGCUGCGUUUGGCGGAGGAGGAGGAUGAGAGGAAUGGGAGAAUGAAUCGGAAGCCCGAGAGUAAGUUGAGGAGAUGGUUUUAAGGAUUGGAGGGGAGGAGGGGAGGAAGGGAGCUUGGAUUGUUUAUUUUCUCCCGUUAUCUAUGGUUUUCAAUGUUUGACCUGCAGGGCCGGAGGAUUUGCGUGUUUCUGGCUAUAUGUGAGGUUACGAGUCUCCUGUUGUAUUGAGCUAUUUGGACCCCCGUUUCAUUUCCCUUCGGUUACUGUAUUCAAUAGAAUGAAUAGUCAAGUAAACAUGAUCGUCCUUAAAGUAUGAUCGGAUUCCAAAAACUUUUGUAGUUAUCCCAAAAAAGAAAUCUAUUUAACAUCCAAAA